CGGGACGAAGGGUGCUGCCGGCAGCCGAGAGCGGGUGAGAGGAGCGUGCCGUCGUGCCGAUGGAUUUCCAAGCCGGUAUCCUGCGGGAUGGCAACCCCAUGGAGAGCCUGGAGAAGCAGCUCAUCUGCCCCAUCUGCCUGGAGAUGUUCAGCAAGCCGGUGGUGAUCCUGCCCUGCCAGCACAACCUCUGCCGCAAAUGUGCCAACGACACCUUCCAGGCUGCCAACCCGUACUGGCAGAGCCGGGGCAGCGUGAUUUCGGGGGGACGGUUCCGGUGCCCGUCGUGCCGCCACGAGGUUCUGCUGGACCGUCACGGUGUCUAUGGGCUGCAGAGGAACCUGCUGGUGGAGAACAUCAUCGACAUUUACAAGCAGGAGUGCUCCAGCAGGCCGCUGAAGAAGGGGGAGCACCCCAUGUGUAAGGAGCACGAGGACGAGCGGAUCAACAUCUACUGCGUCACCUGCGAGGUCCCCACCUGCUCCAUGUGCAAAGUCUUCGGUUCCCACAAGGACUGCGAGGUCGCCCCGCUGCAAACGGUCUUCCAGGGCCAGAAGACGGAGCUGAACAACUGCAUCUCCAUGCUGGUGGCGGGGAACGACCGGAUCCAGACGAUCAUCUCCCAGCUGGAGGACUCGUGCCGGUGCACCGAGGAGAACGGCGAGGCAGCCAAGCAGGAGCUCUGCGCUCGCUUCGAUGCCUUGGCAGCGCUGCUGGAGGAGAAGAAGUCGGAGCUGCUGCAGCGCAUCACCCGUGAGCAGGGCGACAAGACGGGCUUCGUCCAGGGCCUCAUCUGCCAGUACAAAGAGCAGCUGGAGAAAUCAAGCCGACUGGUGGAGACGGCCAUCCAAGCCAUGGAGGAGCCGGGGGGGGCCGCCUUCCUCAUGAACGCCAAGCAGCUCAUUAAAACGAUCGUGGAGGCCUCCAAGGGCGGCAGGCUGGAGAAGAUCGAGCACGGCUACGAGAGCAUGGACGCCUUCUCGGUGAGCCUGGACCACCUCGCCGAGGCGGUCCGCGCCUUGGACUUUGAGCCCGCCGAGGAAGACGAGGAGUACUUCGAAGGGGAGGAAGAAGAGGUGGAGGAAGAUGUGGCGCCCGAGGGGACGGUGAUGGCUUCCCAGUAGCCGCAGCGACAUUGCCGGCGCAGGAGAAACGCUGCGGGCGCAGGAUGUCCGGCGAUGGGACUCGGGACCGGGGGGGACAUGCCGCGGGGGCCGGUGGUCUUGCGAGCCGGCGCCUGCUCCAGCAUGGGACACUUUUCUAUACGGGUGCAAAGAGGACAAUUCCGCACGUUUUAUAUCUUUCUUGUUUUGUAUAUAAUUGUCACGGAUUUGAAUUUUUUGUGUAUUUUGUAAAGAAAA